AUGCAUAAAAAUAAAAGCAAAGAAUAAAUUAAUAACUCCUAAGCUAACGUUUCAAAAAAUGGUUCUUAAGCUUAAAUAAAUUAAUCAAAAUCUUAAUCUUCAAUAAAUGAUUAAUCCAUUUUGAAUUAAUCUUUAAAAGAAGAACUUAACAAAUCAAAAAAUAAUGAAAAAGGUUAAUAAGAAAAUUCUGAAGAAAAACUUAAUUAAUCUAAAAACUAUACAGUAUCAGCUAAAUCAUGGGAUUUAAAUCCAAAUGAAAUCAAGUUUUUAAAUGACCUUUAUGGAGAAAUAUAAGAGGCAUAAUUACUAGCUGAAGGAUUAUAAGAAGAAAAUAAAUUUGAAAAUGAGUAAAUUGAAUUAGCAUAAAAGGAUAUCAAUACUGUGUAAAAUGUUAUUGAAAUGUUAAAAGAGGAAAGUGACAAAGAAGAUGAUAUAAGAUUUGCAAUAGAUAAUGCUUUGUUAAAUUUAGCUACUACUAAAAGAAAGACUGAAGAUGAAAAUGAUAAAUUGAGAGAUUUAGUUAGAUAAAGAAAUGCUUAACUUAGAAUGUUAGUAAUAAAAGUAAAAGAUUAAGAUCAAUAAUUAAAAUAGAAAGAUGAAUAAAUUAAAAGAUUAGAAUAAUAAGUUUAGAUUUAAGGUUAGACUUUAAGAUAGUAUAUUAAUGUUAAAUAAAUUUAGAUUAUAAAAUAAAGUAGAGGAUGAAUAUAGAAUAAAAGUAGUUUAAGAAUAAUUAAGAAAGCCUAGAGAAAAUAAAUUGUUUGAUGAAUAAAAAUUUGUAGAUGUAAAUGCAAAGGAUGAUCCAUUUGAUUUUUGGUAAAAUAAUGCUAUUCGAGAGUAUCCUGGAGAACCUAAAAGAUUAAAUGAUGUUGUUUAAAAAAAAACAUUAUGGGUAGCUUAAAAGGAAGAUGAGAAAUUGAAUAAAUUUGAAUAUUCAAAAAUGCCAAAGUCUAAUGAAUCAAAUUUUUGGGGAAAAUGA